AUGUCUCGGUCCCGCCCUCAAUAUGGGAAUCGGCCUAAGGAGCAGGUCAAGCCAGUUAAUCCAGAAAUCCGGCAGUACUUCGACCCGGAUCUACCAAUCUAUGGGCCUUGGAGACUUUGGCAAACCAAGCCAGAACUUCCCUCGUCUGAAGAGAUCAUGGGGACAGAUACACCCGGAGACGUUGUUGCUCUUACGGCCAAUUGCAUUUCGGGACCUUGGAUUUCCAAGGAGAAAUACUUAGAGGCCCAUUAUUCAUUGAUCCGGGAAGACUUGGUUGCGCCACUUCGAAAUGCUGUAGCCCACGUUCGCGAUAAUCCUUCUAUGAAAGAUACCGCCGAUGUUUCUAUCUAUGAGAAGGUCAUCAUCAUCAUUCUUACACUUCUUUUCUCAUCAAAGGUCUUCAUUGUUGGUGUUACCCUAGCCCGAUCGGGCUUGGCGUUCCACCUCCAAUUCUCCACUCGCCGCGCGGGCAAGAACAUUUCCUGGGCAUACUCCAACCGUCUUACUCCUGGAACAAUUGUCGCCCUAACCCCUAAGCUCAAUGCAUUCUCGAGCAAAUGUGUUGUCGCCGUCGUAGCCUGUCGGUUGCUGGAAGGGGUUGAGAAGAACCCUCCAGAGGUCGAUAUCUUUUUGGCCUCGUCUGGCGAUAUCGAGGUUGAUCCACAACAAGAAUGGAUCAUGGUUGAGGCUCGAACGGGAUACUUUGAGGCAAAUCGACACACCCUAACAGCAUUGCAAAAGUUGUCAAAAGAAAGUUUCCCGUUGAACGAACAAAUCUGCAGCCUAGCAAAAGACAUUGAUGCACCGGAAUACAUUAACACCGCGCCAUCCAUGGACUUCACGCCAUUGUGUGAAUCCUCUACACUCGAUGUCACCAGAAAAUACGACAUCCUCAAGCGAUGGCCCUCCCACCCAAUGGGAAAGCUGGAUGAAUCCCAAUGGUCAGCGUUGAAUCGAAUGUUGACUAAAAGGCUGGCCAUCAUUCAGGGCCCUCCUGGAACAGGCAAGACCUUUACCUCCAUAGCUGCCCUAAGAAUGAUGCUCUCAAACAAAGAUCCAAAGGACCCACCGAUCAUUAUUGCUGCUCAAACUAACCAUGCUCUUGAUCAACUGAUAAAGCAUAUUUCGGUGUUUGAGAAGAACUUCGUCCGGUUGGGUGGAAGAACCUCUGAUCCUGAAAUCCGCAGGCGCACCCCUUUCGAGAUCAGACAAACCCAGGUUCCAUUAACAAUUGACGGUGCAUCUCUAUUCUUGGACCAUAAUCUUUUGAGCCAAGACCAGAUUGAUUCCUUGCAAGAAACCGCAAAUAAGUGGCAGCAAUCCAACACACCUGCAAAUGCCGAUCCUUUGGCGGCUUGGCUUGCAGACUCCGUGAGGGAGUUCGACUACGAAUACGCCGGCGAUUUCGGGUUCGUUGAUGAUGACAUUGACCUGGAGUAUGAGCAGCUGAAGGAGACCGAAGUUGAACAUGGAAAAUAUGAAGAGGACUGCUCCAGCAGCGCCAGAAUGUCUCGGACAAAUGUUAAAAAACUGCUCACAGAGAAGGACUUGUACAAGAUUCACAAGAGACAUCGCGGUGCGGUUUAUGACUACUUGCGUGAGCAGCUGAUCGAGAACCUGGGAAAACCAAUGAAAGACCUCGCUCAAACUUACCAAGGCUGCGUUACAAAUUAUCAAAUUGGUAGAUUUGAACGUGACUACUGUAUUCUCCAGGAGGCAAAGAUCAUUGGGAUGACCACCACUGGUCUGAGCAAAUACAGAGGACUAGUCUCGAGUCUGAAUCCCCGUGUCAUCUUGAUUGAGGAGGCAGCAGAAGUACUUGAGGCCCCAGUUGCAGUCGCUUGCCUUCCUUCACUUCAGCAUCUCAUUCUAGUUGGUGAUCACCAGCAGCUCAAGGGUCAAUGCGCUGAGUAUGGACUCACCGGUGAUCCUUUUUACCUCGAUGUCUCUAUGUUUGAACGUCUGAUGCUAAACGAAAUGCCGUAUGCCAUGCUCCAAGAGCAAAGACGAAUGGUGCCAGAAAUCAGAAGGCUCGUGGCCCCGAUCUAUGGGGAUAUUCUUCGUGACCAUCCGUCGGUUAAGGAUCAUCCCUUGGUUCCUGGUAUGGGGGAUAAACGAUCCUUCUUUUUCGAUCACACGGCGCACGAAAGCAACGACAGUCUGUCGUCCAAGGUGAAUGACUUUGAGGCAUCAAUGGUAGUUAAGCUUCUUGCCUACCUUGUGAUGAACAACGUCCCGCCAGCUAGUAUUACUGUCCUGACGUUCUACAAUGGUCAACGGAAAUUGAUCAUGCGAAAGAAGUCACAGGAUCAAAACCUCUCCAUGGUCUACAUUAACAUACUGACUGUCGACUCAUACCAAGGAGAAGAGAACGAUAUUGUCAUUCUCUCGCUUGUUCGAUCAAAUGAUCAUCGAGGAAUUGGCUUCCUCGCACAGGACAACAGAGCCUGUGUUGCCUUGUCCCGUGCCAAGUAUGGUCUUUACAUAUUUGGCAAUGCGCAGUGUGUUAGCCAACACAGCGGUUUCUGGCAUUCGGUUAUUAACGUGAUGUCCGAGAAUCAACAAGAACCCCGUAUUGGCCCCGCUCUGCCUCUGCAUUGCACAAGACACAAUCAAGAAACCCUCAUCCAAACUCUUAAGGACUGGAACACUAUUACGGACGGUUGCAACAAGCCUUGUGGCAAGUAUUUGCCAUGUGGACAUCCAUGUCCCCGCAAAUGUCAUGGUUCCGAGCAUGACUGGGUAUCUUGCAAACAGCGCUGCCAAGAAAUUCGCAGGUGCUGCAACACGCCCUGUAUUUGUGUAUGCUCCCCACCUCACGCUCAUGAUUGCUUCUGUGGUAUGGGCAAUGACAGCAAAACCCAAAUCUUUGACGCCGGAUCCGACCGGGAUGAUUCUGACCGUGACGAUGAUCAUGGCGAAAAGGUCGGUCCCAUUACACGACGGUCACGACCCCGAGCUCCAACCCACCCCGCAACCUCGACUACUGACGAAGAAGCAAUGCGGUGUGCCAAGGGUGUGAGCCGAUGGCAGGCAUUUGCACAGGGUGGCGCCUUGCUGGAUGAUUAUCGUCGGGCUGGGCUCACAAUUGGCGGGCAACGUCCUGAAAAAGAUGUUGUGCCCGUCAAACCGACCGUCGGUGACGCCGUGGUGGAUGAUCAUCGUCGGACUGGGCUCAUAGUUAGCGGGAAACGUCCUGAAAAAGAUGUUGUGCCCGUCAAACCGAGCGUCGGUGACGCCGUGGUGGAUGAUCAUCGUCAGACUGGGCUUGUAGUUAGCGGGAAACGUCCUGAAAAAGAUGUUGUGCCCGUCAAACCGAGCGUCGCCGCCCCGGUCGAAGGACUAUUAAUCAACUUUGACGACGACGAUGACUGCCAGCAAGUUCCGGCUACAGAGAAAACCCAGCCUGCUGCCCCGGCCACUGAAGACCUGCUUACACAUUACGGGGCUGAUCUGGCCGAAGCUACGAGUGAAUUACAGGAUACCCUUCCUAUUCCGCACGAAAAAGACCCGAUGACCUUUGAAGAGCAUGAUCACUCCCGGGCUGGGGGUGCGAGUCUAGGGGAAGAUCCACUUACUGUCGUUGUUUGCGAUAACGAUUCGGCCAGCAGUCCGAUCCCAGCCAAAGUCUUGCCCACUCCUAUGGUUGAGGAAGUCGAAACCCCUCCCAUGGAAGGGCAACUGGUCGACCUCUCCUAG